ACCGACUGACCGUGGAAGGAGCGCUGGCUGCGUUACGGAAGUAAACGGGAACGAAGAACAGGAACGGGAUAGGGGCGCAAUUGCGAAGAGGCUCAAGGAAAGUGGGAAGAGAGAGAGAGAGAGAGAGAGAGAGAGAGCGAGAGCACGCGGAGAGUGAUGGCGAGUCUGCUGAAAUGGCAUGUUCGACCUUCGGUAGACACUCCUGCUCUGGGAAGAGUGUCGACAAGUGGCUCAGGGGCUCUGAUCAGUGCAGCUCAUGUCAAUCUCCGGAGCUGCAAAGGCUCGAAUUGCUCCUGCUGCUGCUGCUCCUCCUCCCUCUCCUCACCCUCGAGAUUGCUGAGCUCCUCACUCGUUUCCAGCCGCAAUUCACGAACAUUGAGGACAAAUCUACCCGAUUUUUAUCAUCUGAAACGCAAGCGAACAAGAGGGAACUCGCACAUUGAGGCGCUGGUGAAGGGCGUCGACUACGAGUUCAAUGAAGAAGGAGCGAAUUUGGAGGUGCGGGUGCCGCUUCCCGAGGUGAAAGAUGGCGGUGUGCAAUUCACGGCGAGAUACGUGGCUGUAGAUGCUCAACCGAAUUCUCUGUGCGUAGGAGUGCAAACCCCACAAGGAGUUCAGAUUCUGCUCAAUGCGAGUUCGCUCUACGGACGCAUUCAACCACACGAAACAGUCUGGUUUGUGGAUGAGACGGAGGUGGUCUUGAGCCUCCAGAAGGCCGAUAAGGAGCAACUAUGGCCAGACUUGGUGCAAGCAUGGGAGGCAUUAGCCAAGGGUGUCGCAUCGCAACUAAAAGGAGCAUCGGUUUACAUUGUCGGAGAUUCAACGGAAGUGAAUCGAAGUGUUGCACAAGAGCUGGCUGCAGGAUUGGAGUAUACUCCUUUGCACACUCAACAACUAAUUGAGCAACUUGCGAACGUGACUGUCGAUCAAAUAUCUGCGGAUGAGGGGGAAGAUGCCGUAGCUGGAGCAGAAGGAGUAGUGCUGACCUCUCUGAGCCAGCAUGUGCGCUGUGUCGUGGCUACACUUGGAGGAAGCUGCGGUGCUGCUUCUCGUCAAGACGGUUGGAAAGGUCUUCAUUCAGGCUUCACAAUUUGGCUGUCACAAAGUCGAGCUCAGGAUGAGGACUCGGCCAAGGAGGAAGCUGUCAAAGCCAAACAGGAGGGCAAUUCGGCCUACUCAAAAGCAGAUGCCGUCGUAGCAUUAUCUGGAUGGGAUGAUGAUGCGGUCCGGCCAGUAGCCGAAGGAGCUUUGAAAGCCCUCAAGUAUCUUCUAGAUGGAGAGAAGGACCUCCCAGGCAAGAAAGCUUUGUACGUGAGGCUGGGAUGCCGAGGAGACUGGCCGGAAAUCAUGCCGCCUGGAUGGGACCCAAACAGUCCACAAGAUAAACAAAUGAAGUCAGGGUCCAUGGUAUUGUAGAUUUUGGUAGACUGAGGACUAAGUUAUCUUCUUCGGGACCUGUACAAUUAUCGGAACUUAGAAGUAGCGCUUGAGAAAAUGUAGUUCGCUCCCCAUGUGUUUUUCUCCUUGUCAAAGCGAGCUGCUCAACGAGAACCCCACAAUAAUGACAGUCCAUUGUAAGAAAUUUCCCAAUAUAAUUUGUUGACUUGAUAAAAAAAUAAACAAUUGGGCUGGUGAUCAUUUUGGUGACUCCCGA